AUGCAAGUAUCAAAAGAUACUCGAGAAAAUCUACAAUCUAUUCUGGAAAUUGUCAAUCGUGUAUUGGCCAGCAGCAAUCAAGUAUUCGAUGAUAUCGAUAGAAUAAAAACAUUUCUCAUGCUUUCGCUCGGUAACGAGUCAUUCCCAUUUGUGCUUGAAAUCUUGGAAAUCCUCCAGCAAACCUUCGAUUCCAAUGUCGAUGCGAUUCGAAUUUUUCCUUCAAUCAAUGAAAAAUUAGAAAAUAAAACCCGAGCUCUCACUCCAUUGAUUAGAAACACAUCAGUACAGUAUGAUCACAUUGCUAAUACAACCCAUCAACGUAUUUAUGAACGAUCUACAAAACCUCCGUAUCCAUCAUUAUACCAAUUCCAAGUUGAAGAAGAAAAAGCUCGAACUGCUUUGAAUCAAGCUCGAGAUAACUAUCAAGCAACUGUGACUCGUGCAGUCCAAGUUGGUUUAUUAUAUAUCGAUGAUCCGGUCAUGGUCUCAGCUCUAAAUCAAUAUCUGAAUGCUGAAAAACAACAUACCGAAGCACUUUUUCGAUUAAAUCAGAUGCAUAACAAUAUUUCGAAUUUAAUACAUUUAACAAACGAUUUUGAUAAAAUUUAUGCUAAAUGGGCAGAAGAAAAUGGUCAUUUGCUUUUGAAAGCACUGAACGGAUUAGAAAUUAUGAGUGAGAGUUGGAGAAGUCUCUUUCAAUUCCUACAACCAUUCACUACUCAGAUGAACUUAGUAAAUGAGGUAAGCCUAUACACAGAUUAA